CCUCCCUGCACCAACCAGAUCUCUUUCCUCCUCUCCGAAUCCAUGGCCAUGUCGACACCUUCCUCCCCCUCUGCCCCAUUUCCUCCCAACUCUAUAUUCAUACACCAAAUCGCGGUAGCUAGCUAGAUACGUAGUUCUUCUCUGGCCGGCCACCGUAACUCGCCAAGUGCCUAACAGUAACAGCCUAAGUAUAUACAGGGUAUAUACAGAGAAAGAGACGAUGAUGGGAACGAAGAUCCAGGGGAGCACGGUGCCUUCGCGUCACCCGAUGAGGAGGACCACGAGCAUGACCGAGUUCGCUCCGCCGGACGUGCUGGCGGACGUGGCCGAGGAGGCCGACGAGGAGUCGGAGCUACAGGUGCUCGAGGAGGCUGCGGAGGAGGUAGCCUACGGGUGGGUCGGCGGCGCGGCCGCUAAGAGGGCGGACUGGCUGGCGGCGUACCGUGCCCGCGCGGCGCCGGCGCUGGUGGGCCACCGGCGGAACUCGGCUGACUUCUCCGCCGUCGAAACCGCCGCGUUCCUCCGCGCCUGCGGCCUCUGCAACCGCCGCCUCGGACCCGGCCGUGACACCUUCAUGUACAGGGGGGACACCGCGUUCUGCAGCCUGGAGUGCAGGGAGCAGCACAUAACGCACGAGGAGUGGAAGGACAAGUGCGCGCUCGCCACCUCGAAGCCGACGCCGGUCAUGGCGGACACGGUGGCGCUGGCGAGCGCCAGCUCAGACAAGCCCUCCGCUGAAGGAACGCUCGCCGCCGCCUGAGACGAAGAUGGACUAGCUGUUAUAGCUGGAAUCAGUCGUAUAUCUCGU